CAUAUAGUAUCUGGCCUGUCCAAAUAUAUAUAUUUUUUUACACAUCGUUUCUGGAAUAUAGUCUGGGAUUAUCCAGAUGUCAAUUUCUUCACGUGACCAACAUUUAUUGCCACUAACGUGGUUAACACAUAUAAUUGUUGUUUCAGUGCCUCGGUAAUGUCGGCAAAGACAGUAAAAUAGCAUACACCGACUUUUGUAACGUGUCUUGUUCUAUUUAAAUUCCUUCAGAUUUGGUAACAUCAAGCAAAACAGGGCGCGAUACGUGUCAGCCUCGGCAGACGCGUAAUAUGGGUAGGAGAAGAUAGCAAGUAAGAGAAAAGGGAAAAAGGUGGGGGAAAGGGCCAACACUCUGGUUGGUGCUAGGGCUGCAGCCAGCUAGCGCCCCGCGAGAGCAAGAGACCAUAAUCUCUUAAAUUAACACACGGAAUGAGAUGGAACCCUCGUUCUCUAAACAGCUGAGCGCGCGCAGGAGACUGGAUGGAGAGGAUCGGAGAAACAAAGCGCGUGAUACCGAUUUGAUUUAAGCGUUCACAGGAAAGAAGGCGAACCAAGAAAUACUAUUAUUUCCUUUAUUUCUAUUUUCCAAUUUUAUACCAAAAAGAGACGCUGAAAACGAAUCUAAGGAGAAAUUGCAAUGCAAAGUGGAGAUCGUGAUACGAGUCAACAUAAGAGUGAACGAGUUGGAAGUCUUAAGUGGACAAAUACAACUAACAAGAGUUGGUUGAAACUUGGGGCAAAGACGAAACCAUGCAUUUUCUAAUGAGAAUGUCUCUCACCAAAUGCUGUCAUAUGAUGAGCGUCUUGAUCUCUCUGUACGGUUUCCCAGUGUCCAGUCUGAACAGGAUACGAGCACACGCCGAGGACAAGCUGCUGAACUCUCUCUUCGCCCGCUACAACAAGCUCUCCCGGCCCGUCGCCAACAUCUCCGACGUGGUGCUGGUGCGGUUCGGGCUGUCCAUCGCCCAGCUCAUCGACGUGGAUGAGAAGAACCAGAUGAUGACAACCAACGUCUGGGUGAAGCAAGAGUGGAAUGACUAUAAACUGAGAUGGAACCCGGAGGAAUACGAGAACGUCACCUCUAUCCGGAUUCCCUCGGAACUCAUCUGGAGACCAGACAUCGUCCUCUAUAACAAUGCCGACGGAGACUUUGCGGUGACCCACCUGACCAAGGCGCACCUGUUCUACGACGGCCGGAUCAAGUGGAUGCCUCCGGCCAUCUACAAGAGCUCCUGCAGCAUCGACGUCACCUUCUUCCCCUUCGACCAGCAGAACUGCACCAUGAAGUUCGGCUCCUGGACUUACGACAAGGCCAAGAUCGACCUGGUGAGCAUGGCCAGCAACGUGGACCAGAUGGACUACUGGGAGAGCGGGGAGUGGGUCAUCGUCAACGCGGUGGGGAGGUACAACAUCAAGAAGUACGAGUGCUGCACCGAGAUCUACUCGGACAUCACCUACUCCUUCAUCAUCCGGAGGCUUCCGCUCUUCUACACCAUCAACCUGAUCAUCCCCUGCCUGCUCAUCUCCUGCCUGACCGUGCUGGUCUUCUACCUGCCCUCGCAGUGCGGCGAGAAGAUCACGCUCUGCAUCUCUGUCCUCCUCUCCCUCACCGUCUUCCUCCUCCUCAUCACCGAGAUCAUCCCGUCCACCUCGCUGGUCAUCCCGCUCAUCGGCGAGUACCUGCUCUUCACCAUGAUCUUCGUCACCCUCUCCAUCAUCAUCACCGUCUUCGUGCUGAACGUGCACCACCGCUCGCCGCGCACGCACAGCAUGCCGCAGUGGGUCCGCCGGGUCUUCCUGGACCUGGUGCCCCGCAUCCUCUGCAUGAAACGCCCCUCCGCUGUCUGCAAGGACAACUGCAAGAAGCUCAUCGAACUGAUGCACAAGGGUCCCCCGCCGCCGUCGGUCUGGGCCCCGCCGGACCCUCCUGAUGGUCCGGAACUCUCGGCCCCACCCUCUCCCACACCGUCCCAGCCACCGCCUCCGCCCCCGCUCCUGAGCCACCCCCUGGAGGAGCACUCCCCAAAAACGCAGCUUUUGCUCACCUCCCCCUCCAGCCAAUACUCCAUCCUCCUGGAGGAGCCCCCACAGACGGGGUACCUCACCCCCCCGGUCGCCCCCCUGCUCCGCCUCGGCCUGGACGAGCCCCCGGCGCUCUCGCUCGGCGCGCAGUGCGACUUCGGCGAGGGGGCGGAGCCGCCCCCCCAGAAGCCAUCGCACUGCCGCUCCCGGGGCGUCCAGUACUGCUGCCUCCACGAGGAGUCCUCCCAGAGCGACGGGCAGAGCGGCAGGUCCCCCGGCAGGUCCCCUGCCUUCCCGCGCCGGCCCCUCACCCAGGAAACCUCCUGCGGGCCCCCCGACGACGCCGCCACGGGGCCCGGGCGGGCCUUCAACGUCUGCGCCUCGGCCGACGGGCACCGCCUGCUCCUGAUGUCGCCCUCCAUGAAGCUGGCCGUCGAGGGCGUGCAGUACAUCGCAGACCACCUCCGAGCCGAGGACGCGGACUUCUCCGUGAAAGAGGACUGGAAGUAUGUUGCGAUGGUCAUAGACCGGAUAUUCCUCUGGAUGUUCAUCAUGGUGUGCAUUCUGGGAACUGUGGGACUCUUCCUUCCUCCGUGGCUGGCCGGAAUGAUCUAGAACAAUCUAAAACACGGAGGAGGGGCCGCCUCCCUCCGGAGCCAGAUUAAGAGGGAGUGGGCGGGAAGGGCCAGUAACACGACCGGAUAAAUUAUUCUCUCCCUUAUGGACAAUAUUUUUUUUAUGAAGGAUCAUUAGGGCACAAGCAGUGUAUGUUUAUUUAUUUAUUUAUUUAUUUAUUUAUUAUUUAUUUAUUUAUUCAUUCCAUUUGUCCUUUUGAGGAGUUAGGGUGCUUGAGAGGGCUUUAUUCUGACCCAAGCUGUGAAUCACUAUCUAUCAUGUACAGCUGUUUUCCACCCAUAUGCAUUUAACAUCCAUACUAAAUGCAGACAUGUUUGGGGAGGCUGUGCUUUUUGUGUUUGGGACAUAUCGAUUCCUUUUGAGACCAAAAAGAUGAUAAAUCGCCCUCCUAUAGGGCUUUUCCACCAACACAGUGCAGGAGCCAGUUCCCAAACCAAAUCUCAGACUGUUCAUUGAGCAUUUCCAAAAAAAAAAAAAAAA